AUGGCUGCAAACAAGUCAGACGCUAUCGAUGAUGGCCUGGGCGCCUUCUAUUCCAAGGUUGACGAACUUGAAACCCUAUUCCUCGAAAGAUUGGAAGAGGCUGUCAAAAUCCCUUCAAUUUCCGCUUAUGCGGAACGACGAGAUGAUGUCUUUAAAAUGGCCGAAUGGACUGCUUCGAAAAUGAAGAGUCUCAACAUCGAAGUUACACUAAAGCCUUUGGGAAAGCAAGAAGGAACCGACAUUGACUUGCCACCUUUGGUCCUGGGACGCUACGGUUCUGAUGUGGACAAGCCAACAGUUCUUGUUUACUGCCACUACGACGUUCAACCUGCUGCUCUUGAAGACGGUUGGAAAUAUGAUCCCUGGGUGAUGACGAUUGAGGAGAGUGGCCGACUGUGUGGUAGAGGAACUUCAGAUGACAAAGGUCCACUAAUAGGAUGGCUCAAUAUGAUUGAGGCAUUCCAGAAAGCGGGCAUCGAUGUCCCUGCAAACUUGGUUUUCUGCUUUGAGGGCAUGGAAGAAUCCGCAUCCUUGGGCCUUCGCAAAGCCCUGGAGGAAGAGGCGCAAAACUACUUCGCGGACAUUGACGUGGUCUGCAUUACGGACGUCGUCUGGGUGAGCGAUGAACAACUUAGCAUCCCCCAAGGCCUGAGAGGAAUAUUGUUCUACCUGCUCACUAUCACUGGUGCCAACCAGGAUGCGCACAGUGGUGGAUUUGGUGGACAGAUCUCCGAGCCAAUGACUGACAUGGUCAACAUCCUGUCUUCACUUGUUGAUUCAAACGGCAACAUCCUAGUUCCCGGGAUUUAUGAUACCGUACAGCCGGUGACAGAGGAGGAGCGCAUAAGCUAUAAUGAGUUGGAAAUCUCGCAUCAUUCUUUACUCGGAGGGACUGGUGGCAGAAGUCUACAUGAGAGCCAGGCCGAUGCUUUAAUAGCACGGUGGAAGAAGCCUUCUCUCAGCCUUCACAGAAUUGAGAACGCGGUACCUGGUGCAGGGGCCGUUACAUCGAUUCCAGCCAAGCUAGUUGGAAAGUUCAGCAUUCGGACCGUUCCCAAUAUGAAAGCCGCGGAGAUUAAUAAGCUGGUUCACAAGCAUAUUGAAGAUCGUUUCAAGAGCCUUGGCAGCAAGAACGACUUGGAAAUCAACUGUGCUCAUGAAAGCGACUGGUUCUAUGAGAGCGCCGACCAUUGGAAUUACCAAGCUGCAAUCCAGGCAACCAAAAACGUUUGGGGCAAAACCCCCGUUAUUACCUGCGAAGGUGGAAGCAUCCCCAUUGCUCUGGACUUCAAGCAAAUCUUGAACAAGAAUGUUCUUCUCCUUCCUGUUGGACGGCCGACUGACGGAGCUCAUUCUGUGAACGAAAAGCUAGACAAGAGCAAUUAUACAAAAAGCUUCACUUGCCAGCAGCUAGUAAAGAAAAAAGACGACAUCUUGUAUCAUAGUGUGCUGCGGAAAUUUCACCAACCCCAAACAGCCCGUGUGUUCACCAUGUGUUUGAAUAACUCCGUCACGGAUGUGAAUACAAACUCAAAUUUCAAGGAUGCAGUUACUAAGCAUACUGAUAUUGAGCUCACCAUCGACUUCGAACGCACCGCUCUUAUAGGGCAGACAACUCUGACAAUCGAGUCAAAAAUUGAGAGGCUCAAUGAUAUCACACUUGACACAAGCUAUUUGGUUAUAAAAGAGGCCAAGAUUAGCGACAAGCCAGUUCGCUGGGAGCUGAAGCCUUCAAAAGACAACAAUGGAAACCCAUUAUUCAUUCAACUGGAUCGAUCCUAUGGGCUUGGAGAGAAUUUUGAACUUACCAUUGUUUUCGAGACUACUGAAGAGACAACAGGUCUUCAGUGGUUCAGCGCAUCGCAAACAGAUGAUAAGAAAUACCCUUUCAUGUUCUCUCAGGGGGAGCCGGUGCACGCUCGUUCCAUGUUUCCAUGCCAAGACACCCCAUCUAUCAAGACAACUUUUGAUAUCACAAUCCACUCAAUUUUACCCGUUGUGGCCAGCGGUAUUCCCGAGAAAGAAUUAGUUUUCCCGCCAGUGCAAGAGCCUCUUGAGAAGACCGUGUACAAGUUCAAACAAGAUAUUCCCAUCUCAAAUUACCUUUUUGCAGUAGCAAGCGGUAAUCUUGUUGGUGAGAAAAUCGGACCCAAAAGUUACGUCUACUGCGCACCCGGGGAUCUCGAGGCUUGCAAGGCGGAAUUUCAACCUGAUUUGCAAGCGAUCAUCAAGUCUGCAGAGGACCUUAUUUUCGAAUAUCCAUGGCCGCUAUACAAUCUUGUUGUUCUGCCAAAGUCUUUUCAUUUGGGAGGGAUGGAGAACCCGAUCUUCAAUUUCUACAGUGCUACAGUUGUCUCCGGAGACCGAGAAAAUAUCUCAGUCGUGGCUCACGAGUUCGCCCAUAGUUACAGUGGUAAUCUUGUUACCAACGACUCUUGGGAGCACUUCUGGUUGAAUGAGGGAUGGACUGUCUAUAUCGAGCGCAACAUUCUUCGUAAUCUCCGUGGAGAGGAAGAGGUGCAACUGCAAGCCAUUGUCGGAUGGCAAGACCUGCUUUACAACAUCGAUACUUACGGCGGUAACGAAAGCGUUUUCACUAGUCUUGUUCUUCAAUUUGAAGGUAAAAGACCAGAUGAUAUCAUGUCUAAAAUAUCUUACGAAAAGGGCUACACCUUCCUCUGCUACCUCGAACAAAAGGUGGGAAGACAGAAAUGGCGCAAAUUCGUUCCUCACUACUUCAAAACCUUUUCUGGGAAAAGUUUGAAUUCUGAGCAGUUCAAGUUAUGUGUAUAUGAUUUCUUCUCGUCCGACGCAGAUGCCACAGAGGCAUUGAACUCCGUUGACUGGGAUGCCUGGUACCACAAGCCAGGAGCACCGCCGAAACCUGAAUUCAAAUCCAAACUUUAUGAAAGCUGCUUGUCGCUGGCACAACGUUUGAGCAAGCACCAGGAAGGAUCUCCAUUUACGCCUUCCGCCGGGGAUGUCGAGGGCUGGAGUGUCGGACAGAUACUGGUGUUCCUCGAUUUACUAAUUGACAGUCCCGAUCCACUACCCCUGGAGCUAACCGAACAAUUGGGAUCUCUGUAUGGUCUGCGAGAUUCCAGCAACUUGGAGGUGGUGAGCCGAUAUCUUCGUAUCGCCUUGCGAGCGGGUAACAGCGGUGUCUUGAAACAGACUGAAGCAGUGCUCGGCCAAACUGGUCGAAUGAAAUUCGUCAAACCAUUGUUCGAGGGUUUGAUAUCGGUAGACAAGGAAUUGGCACUGGAGCUAUUUUACAAGCACCGCGACUUCUAUCAUCCAACAUGCCUUAGACUCAUAAAAAGCGUGCUGGAAAAGAAUGGCCUAACUGUUAGUUAA